UAAUGAGGUGGUAGCUUCACCGUUGGUCUACAGUGUGAGGGUCGCCAUGUCCUCCCUGGAGAAGAUCCCAAUGACUGUAGAGCAACGUAAGACACUUGUUGCUCUUAUAUCUCAAGAACAAGAGAGUAUACAAGAUAAAACACACGACGUAAAGAAAAUAAUAAGGAAACAAGAGGCAUGGGAAGAGUUGACAGCUAGAUUUAAUGCCAUAUAUCCAGUGGAAGUCCGUACAACAUCCCAGCUCAAACGGGCAUGGGAAUACAUUAAGAAAAGAGUGAAGCGAGAGCACAGUGCAUAUGUGAAGAAGUGGUCAACUGUGUGUGAAGGACCUCCACCAUCUCCUCCAAUGUAUGAUGAAUUAAUAAAUGCAGCAGCAAACAUAAUGAGAAAGGACCUGGAAUAUGCUGAAUAUCAGUGUAAUAGCUUUCCAUUACAGCUAACUCAACCUCAUAAAGAUAAUACAUCUAUGAUGGUGCAGAAUUCAGAUGCAGUUUGGGUUGAUGAAUCUUCAAACUCAUCUGUGUGUUCAUUCAAGGCUGCACAGCCUCCCACAGCUGCCUCCCCUGUUCUUCCUACAUACACUGUUAAUGAAGAAGCUGCCAUUCCAGAAAUUGUGAUGCAGGAAAGUUCGUCAUGUUUUCCAAUAAAUGAUAUGAAGAGAAAGUUGGUAGAAACAACCAAUUUGGAGAAUGACAUGCAGGAAAGUCCUUGUCAGGUAACUGCAAGGAGCUCCAAGAGGAAAAAGACAACUGAGGCAAUAUAUGAUGAAAGUAAUAUUCCAGAGACUGAAGAAGAGGAAGUAUCUUAUAAAAUGCCAACAGCUGAAACAAAGAAAAAAGUGGCAGAGGCAAGGGAGAAAUUCUACAAAAGAAUACAAGAGAGGCAAGAGAGAGAACAUGAGGAAAACAUGUGCUACAUUAGAGAAAAACGUGAGGCAUUACGAGAAAGGCGUGACGCAUUAAGAGAAGAGCGUGAUGCAUUGAGAGAAAAACGUGAAGCAGUUCAUGAAUGGUCUGCUUUAAUCCAAGAAAUAAAAGAAACUGUGCACAAAGUGUCUAUUGCAGCCGAAGCAACAGAAAAGGCAAUGCACAAAGUGUCCGCUGCAGCAGAAGUUAAACAAUGGGCAAUGCACAAAGUAUCUGCCGCAGCCGAGUUAACUGAACAAACUAUGCACAAAUUAUCUGGUACAAGUGAAAAUGCAUCAAAGGCAUUUACAGCAUUGCAUACAUUAUCACCAGGGACACUUGAAAAAUGAUUUAUCUUACAGUAUAGCAAAGCUGUACUGUACAGUACAGUACAGUAUUUGGUAAAAAUAAUAUAUGGUUGUAAUAUUUUCUAGGCAUUUGUAUUUGUUACCUUUGCCUGUAUGAGAUUCUUUUUUAAAAUGAUUUAUUCUUUUAAAUCUACAGUAAACCCUUGGUAACUAUGAAUAUAUGGAGCUCUAAUCAUUCCGAAUUGUCAAGGCACUUUCUUCCCGGACUUUCGUCCCACCCCAUUACCCAACUUUUUGGCCAAAAUAACCUACCAUAAUCAGAAAACUUGCAAAAAAAAAAUAAACACUUACCAGCACUGCAAGAAAAGGAUGAGGAUAACUCAAGCUUGUGGUGCCAUUUGGUAGAUGUCAGAGGUUUAUUGGGGAGCUCACUGCACUACAGUAAAACAGUACAAUUCUAUAUUGUUAGCAUUUAAGCACCAACGUUACCAGGGAAUGCCUGGGAGGUGUUCAUGGAACCAGUGUGAGACAGAGAAGGACACCUGAGUUAGCACCGAGAUGGGAUUUUUUUUUUUUACCUUUUCAUGCACACAUUCUUUCAUACAGAAUGUGUAAACAAAUAUUUUAAGGUAAAAAACAUAAAAGAUAUAAACAUUUCUUACAUGUGCUUUUGUUAUCACACUGAGCAGAGGAGGGGGAGUGGAGUGGGAUGGAUUCUCUCGUGCUGAAAUUGCGAGUUAUGUAAAAAUAAUAUUAAAUUGAAUAUUUUACUGCCAACACGAAUUAUAUCGAAUUACUAGUUAUCAAAUUCGGAGCUAUCAAGGGUUCACUGAAAAACUUAUUAAGUAUUACUUCUAGUUUUCAAUACUGUACUGCAUUUUUCAAAUUAUUUAUUUACUGUCAAAAUACCUAGGGCUAUUUAUUUUGUAAAUAUAAAUGUGUAAGUUGUUUUGAGAAUAAUAUUUAUACAGUAUUCAGUAAUUCUGCAUAAAACUUCACAUAUCAGUAUUUUUAAAAUACAAAUUUUCUCCAAAUGACAGCUGUAGUAAAAUUAACUUUUGUAGUAUUGUAAAUGUCUUCUUUAAUUUUCAGGUUGAUUCCUUAAAUACAGUAGCAAAUCAUAAAA